AAUCCGAAAAGGAAAAAACAAAACUACCCAGACCCGAAUUCUUCUGCUCAUCCAAAACCACUGCAGUACGCAACUCGGAUAAGAGUUUGUCAAUUUUUUCACCAUCUCUGCUUCAAAUAUAGCAGAAAUCAAAAGCUCUUACGCCAUCACUAUUACAGAGAAAAAGGUGUAUCAGGAACAAUGCCAUAUUCCUCGAUUUCAAAUUUAGACAACAAGAAAAGCAAGUUCAAAUAUAUUGAUGACUUCAAUGAUACUGCUUGGCCUGUGCCUGGAAGCCAGAGCGCUAGCCCUUCCAGCCCAAGUUCCUUGAAGCAAGGUAAUCUAUACAACUUUCCAUUUGAGGCUGAAGACCUUUUGGAUGGAGGUUAUGAAUCCAGUGAUGAUCGCUAUAAGACUGUACAGCGUAAUGGUCCUCCUGAGGUGAACUUGAAAAAUGUUUUGAGUGGUAUUUUUGCCAUUUUGACUGGUCGGAAUAAAAGUCUGAAUGCUGCCGGAAGUCUGCAAUUCUCUAAUUCGAAUGUUUCAUUUCUUGGGUCUGCGAAGAAUGGGGAUGCGGUAUUGCACUCAUCAGUUUACAUACCGAGUGCACCACCACUUCUUGAGGCAACUGCAUUUAACUAUAGUGCUUACAAAGAUGUGUUGGAAGCUGAACCUCCGGAGUGGCUUCCAGACAGUUCCAGUACUGUGUGCAUGCAGUGUAAUGCUCCAUUUACUGCUCUUACACGUGGAAGACAUCAUUGUCGAUUUUGUGGAGGGAUCUUCUGCAGAGCAUGCUCAAAAGGAAGGUGCUUAUUACCUGUUAAGUUUCGGGAGAGGGACCCGCAAAGGGUGUGUGACACCUGCUAUGACAGGCUUGAUCCUUUGCAAGGAGUACUCAUCAACACCAUCAGCAAUGCAGUUCAGGUUGCAAAGCAUGAUGUGAUGGAUUGGACUUCAAUGAGAGGGUGGCUAAAUCUUCCUGUUGGCUUCUCCAUGGAGCAAGAGAUAUAUAAGUCUGCCAAUACAUUAAGGAAUUACUGCCAGGUUGCUCGCUUGAAUCCUGAGAAGUCAUAUCGACUGCACGCAAUUUGGAGGGCGAAGUUUGGCAUUGCGUGCUAA